AAUCGAAUGGGCGGGGUGAAAGAUGUUGGGGCCAUCGGCCUCUUCCGUUCUUUUCCGGCGGCCGAGUCUCGGGUCCGCCGGUUAUAAAUCGACCUCGGGACCGGCCGGGGAGUCCAGUCCACCUUCAUUCAGCCUCAUAUGAAUGCAGCAUCACGGCCACGAUCCAAUGAUUACCAUAGCAGUAUCCCGCAUCAUCGCGCUCGGAUAAGUCAGCACUCUAAACUUGACAAAUCUACUGUCGGAUUAAUAGUCCUCAUCCGACCCGUAAGUCGCGAUUCGAGAUCUUCAAGGCUGCCACAUCAGGUUCUCCACCAAUGUCAACUAUAUAUACUCGGGGUUGUCCACCAGUUUGGAAACAUCCCAAGCACGGAUAACUUAGUUGUCUACAAUCUCACCUCCUCAAGCCUUCAGGUCAUUAUUGUCACCAUGUCGGGAAGUCAGGCCUCCUCUAGCUACCCUACACACGGCUAUUUUCAUACAUUCAAUGACCAUAACGCAUCAAUAUCCUCAGCCGAUGGCAACUCCAUGUUAGCAUCCCACGGUACUGAAACAUAUUCCGGGCUCAUGGGCGGUCCUAGCCCCAUGCAGGCCCCUUGUGACCUUACCACUGUAUUCUACAAUAGCAAUUCCAUACCUCAGUAUCGUGGUGCCUACUUUUGUGAAGGGCCUGGUGCAAGCUACGUCACAAGCCUGGAUUACAGGAGCUUGGUUGAGGCGCAGUCAAUGCAGCAUCAGCAGCUCCCAACUGCAAGUGGUUUCGUCAACAACAUCGCCACACCACCGUCAUCUCGCAGACGAGCCAAUGAUAUCGUGGCAGGAACCCGGUAAGGAAGAUACUUCCAAAUACCACCACUCUACGUCCAAUACAAGUACCCAGCCUA